CAAACUGUUUGAUAAAAUUCCUCAACCAAAUGUCUCCAAUUGGAAUGCAUUGUUUAAAGGCUAUUCUCAGAAGGAAGUUAUUGUGUUGUUUAAACAAAUGAGAAGCAUGGAAAUUAUGCCUAAUUGUUUUAGUUUUCCAAUUGUUCUUAAAGCUUGCAUAAAGAUUAAUGCUUUUAAAGAAGGGGAAGAAUUGCAUUGUUUGGUGAUUAAGAGUGGUUUUAGAACUAAUCCUUUUGUGGGUACUUUGUUGAUUGAUUUGUAUUCAAGUUGGGGAGUGAUGGGAUCGGCUUAUAGAGUGUUUUGUGAGAUGGUAGAGAGAAAUGUUGUUGCCUGGACUUCAAUGAUUAGAGGUUUUAUUGCGUCGAAUGACAUGGACGUUGCACGUCGCCUUUUUGAUUUAGCUCCCGAACGUGAUGUGGUUUUAUGGAAUAUUAUGGUUUCGGGUUAUAUUGAGAAGGGGGAUAUGGAAAGAGCGCGGGAGCUUUUUAAUAAGAUGCCGAAUAAGGAUGUUAUGUCGUGGAAUACUAUUUUGAGCGGUUACGCUAAUACGGGUGAUAUUGAGGCUUGUGAAAGAUUGUUUGAGGAGAUGCCCGGAAGAAAUGUCUUCUCGUGGAAUGGAUUGAUAGGAGGAUAUGCACAUUAUGGCCAGUUUUUGAAAGUACUGAGUUCCUUUAAGACGAUGUUAGUUGAUGGUAACGUGGUUCCUAAUGAUGCCACACUUGUGAUUGUGUUAUCUGCGUGUGCGAGAUUGGGUGCUCUUGACCUGGGUAAGUGGGUGCAUGUGUAUGCUCAGAAUAGCGGAUAUAAAGGAAAUGUUUAUGUUAGGAAUGCUUUGAUUGAUAUGUAUGCAAAAUGUGGAAACAUAGAUAAUGCAAUUAGUGUGUUCAACUGUAUGGAGAAUAAAGAUUUGAUUAGCUGGAACACCCUGAUUGGUGGCUUAGCAGUUCAUGGGCGUGGAGCUGAUGCUUUACGUUUGUUUUCUGAAAUGAGAAGUUCUGGGGAGAAGCCAGACGGAAUCACCUUCUUAGGUGUUUUGUGUGUUUGCACACACAUGGGUCUAAUUAAUGAAGGGUUUUCAUUUUUUCAAUCAAUGAUUGACGAUUAUUCUAUUGUGCCUCAGAUAGAGCAUUAUGGUUGUAUGGUUGAUCUGCUUGCACGAGCUGGCCUUUUAGUUCAAGCUGUGGAUUUUGUGACAAAGAUGCCUAUGGAAGCAGAUGCUGUUAUUUGGGCUGCGUUGCUUGGUGCUUGUAGGGUUUAUAAAAAUGUUGAAUUGGCUGAAGUGGCACUUAAAAAACUCACCAAAUUUGAGCCAGAGAACCCUGCAAAUUAUGUCAUGCUUUCAAACAUAUAUGGUGAUCUACGAAGAUGGAAAGAUGUGGCAAGACUUAAAGUUGCAAUGAGAGAUACUGGAUUCAAAAAAAUACCAGGCUGCAGCUCGAUUGAGGUCAAUGACGGUGUCUUUGAGUUUUAUUCACUAGAUGAGAGGCUGCCUGAGCGUGAGUUGCUAUAUGAAACUUUGAGGGGUUUAACGAAAUUGUUGAGAUCGUUUGGAUAUGUACCAAAUAUCAUGGAGCUUGAGCAGAAAAGCUGAAGAUGGAAAGCAUUUGAUGUUCUACAGGAUAAUAACAGGAUGAAGUUCUUCCUCAAUACGUAUCUGUCCGAUGUGAGUGCGAGUUUUCUAUUUCCAUUGUUUUUGCUCAAAGUUCACAUGGAUCAUGUCAUAUCCUUUUUAAUUACCCUGGCAAACCUGAAGUGCUGAAACUUUGAGCCUACACUUAGUUUAAAUAGUGUUGCACCAGGUUUUAAGCAUGUAAGGGAGCUGCAAGCUUUUCAGCAGUUACUGUUAGCUUGUCAGCACUUAGUUUCAAUAUUUUAUCUUUGCUAGAGGCCCUCUCAUAUAGGAACUGGCUCACCUGAGGAUCCGUCACCUUAUCGGCAGCUCCAUGAAUAAUCAACAAUGGAGCUGAAACCUGUAACACUCACUUAAAAGUUGGUGUUUUAACUAAUUGCGUAAUCGUGAGAGAAUGUCAACCAAUAAAUGGGAGACGAUAAAUGAUAGGAAGGUGUCAACCUUUUCUAGCAGGGCCUCUAUAUCCUCUGUAGCCUUCAAGAGUUCCACAGCAGUUUUAAGCCGCAUUAGACUAUUGUAACUAAUUACAUUGUAAUCAGCCUCAUAACAAAGAAGCAACGUUAGAAUCGAUGAAAAAUCCAACUCUGAAGACUGCUAUAUUUGAGACAUGCAUUUGCUCAUUCUUUGUUGA